AUGAAGAUGCUGAGGUGGGCGGCCGGCGUAACCAGACUCGAUAAAGUGCGCAACGAACACAUCAGAGGAAGCUACAAGGUCGCCCCCAUCACUGACAAGAUCAAAGAAUCCCGCAUGAGAUGGUACGGACACGUCAUGAGAGGAGAUGAAGAUCAUGUCGUCAAGAAAGCUCUUGCACUACCAGACAGCAAGAGAGGCAGAAGAGGACGACCGCUUGCUACAUGGAGGUCCACUAUAUCAAAGGAUUUGAAACAGUCCCAGUUGAACGAAGAGACAACCCAGGAUCGAGCGAUCUGGCGCAUGAGAACGAGGAGGGCCGACACCAAAUAA